AUGUCCUUCUCGGUCUUCCUGCUGGGAACGGGAACACUGGUUGCUUGGAAUAGCUUGCUUGCAGCUGUAGAUUAUUUUCGUCUGUCGUUUCCUGGUAGUCCCAGCGCCGCCGUGUGGUUCACCUGGUUGUUUGAGGUGGCGACGCUCGUGACUUUGCUACUGAUCAGUCAGGAGGGAGCAAAGUUUAGCUUCUCGUUCCGGUUUGGGGUUGGGUUCCUUCUUGUCUCGACCAUGUUGUUGUGUAUUCCUGCCGCAAUCGACAGACUCUCGGAAGGAAUGGCCUGGACGCUGGUGUUUGUCUUGGCUGGAAUUCUGGCUAUGGGGAGUGGAGUGAUUGAGGCGGGUCAAGGAUUCGCCGGCUUGCUUGUGUGCCCAUGUCUCGACAUUCCUUGCGUGAAACCUGGACAGGUCUGUGGGUUUAGGAUUUUGACGAAGGCUACCUUCUCCGAGAGCGAUACCGGAGUUGCCUUCUUCGCUAUCUCUUCCAUGAUCGCGUUGAUCUGUGCAGCUGUAAACUACACCAAAUCCUCUGGAACUCAUCUGACUGUGCCUCCUGAUCGUGCGCUGAGAUGGGGUGAAAAGUUGGCAAUAAUGAAGCAGGUUGGAGUAUAUGCUUGGUCUCAGGUUGAUCAAAGACUGUUCGUUUAUGUCAUGACAGUCACGCUCUUAGAUCGUCAUCAACGCUACAACGAUGGCGGUCUUCCCAGGAAUGGCAACAAACGUCGAAGGAUCUACACUCGGAUUGACAAGAGGCUGCUCGGAAUGUCGUACCUGAGAGUUGUUUUCAUUCCUUCCUUCAUGGUGUUUGGGGGCGAUGCAAUACGCAGUGAUCUUAUGCUGUUUUUCACGACUGCUGCUUUAGGAUACUCAAACGGAGCUCUCUCCGUUGUAUGUAUGACUUACGCUCCACAAGCUUGCUUGUCCUUCAAUCCAGACAUCGGAUCUGUCAGAGAACGAGAGCAUGCGGGGUACAUCAUGGUGGUCGCUCUGCUGCUGGGCGUUUCGUUGGGAGCAACUGUAGCGAUCCCCUUGAAUUUUAUUGUUUCAGAGAUCAAAGGUCAAUGA